UUGAAUAACUAUAUGACUAUCAGUUUACUAUCCGGUCUGCGUACGCCUUAAUUUUCAUCCGGUUUUUUUUUCGCAACUCACUGACGCCUUGCGGUUUUUCUCAUUCUUGUAAAACAAUAAACGGUUUAGUACCGUAAUUCAAUUUGUAAUAACUUUACCAAUUUUGUUGUCUUGCUUGUCCAAAAUCACAACGUUUGUCACGAAACUUGUGCAUAGAAUGUGUAAACUUAACGUGCAAUAAUUUCUAUACAAUUAACAUUAUACAUUCUGUUUUUUUUGUGUAAUCGACUAAUUGAAUUUGUGUAUAAUAAAUAUAGUUGAAUUCAAAGAAAUCAGCCAUGUCUUUCAACUUUCCAGCGUGUACUUAUAUUGUUGCCAUGAUAUCAGACGCGUUUUUGAUAUUUUUUUCAAUUUUCCAUGUUAUUGCUUUUGAUGAACUAAAAACUGAUAGUAAAAAUCCUAUAGAUCAAUGUAACAGCUUAAAUCCAUUAGUGAUUCCAGAGUACCUUCUGCACUUCAUCUUUAACUUUUUAUUCUUAUUUGCUGGACAAUGGUUUUCUAUUGCCGUCAACAUACCUCUUAUGGCGUAUCACAUCAACAAGUAUCGAAACAGACCAAUUGGCAUGUCUGGUUUCGGUCUAUAUGAUCCAACAAGUAUAAUGAAUGCGGAUAAACUAUCCAAAUAUCAACGUGAAGGAUGGAUAAAAUUGGCAUUUUACUUGUUUUCUUUCUUCUUUUAUUUGUAUGGAAUGAUUCGUGCAUUGAUAACUGUAUAAGAGCCAAAAUGUAUUUCACAAGUAUUUAGUUUAAACAAUUAAACUACUCACUGCUCAGUUUACAAGUCAAGAGUUUGCAACUCACAACAAAUUAGUUUUUAAGUCUUUCUAUUAUAUAUUAUUAUUUGUGUUAUUUAAGUUAUUAUUAUUUAUUUAUUAGAUUACAUUCAAUCUUAAGCAUUAUAACUUUUGCUACCUCUUUCUCUAUUCAUCCAAAGGAAUUAAACUAUUAUGUUUGUCAUAUUAUUAUUAUUAUUAAAAAAAAAACAAAUGUAUUAGGGCCCAAUAACAAUUUCGAUCAACGAACGUUCGCGUUUCAAAUAUUUUAAAUGUUUUAUUUAUUAUUAAAUGUAUUUAACACAUUCAAACAAUACAAAUACUUUUCUGUUAUUUCUUUAUUAUUUGUGAGGUGUACAAAUACUGUAAAAAGUAUGAUUUUAAUUUACAGUUUGAAUAUGUUCUCUAAUUAUUUCUGUCUUCACAUAAAAAUAAAAUUAUUCUUAAGACAAUUUUCAAAUUAUUUUUUUUUUAAUAAAUGAAUAUUUACAAAAAGGGCAUUUUGUAUGUUUUUACAUUUUACUUAUUAAUCUAAGUCUUUAAAUUUGAAUAGUCAACCUUUUAACUUUGAUGCAGAGAUAAAAAAGUGUUGUAUUUACAGUGAUGUGUUUUUUUAAAUAAGGGAAAAAGCCAAUAGGUAUCUGAAAAAUAGUUUUAUUAUGUUGUUAAUUCCGAUAGGUAUAUAUAGGAAACAGCAGCAAUAAAUUAGAUAGCAGUCGGUCACUCCGAAUCGUAUUUAUGAUUUGUACUUUACCAUCUACAAAUACGCAUUAAAGCGUUUAUUUGAAAGUGAUUUUAUCACUUUCGUGCUGGCUGUUUAUUACCAUUAACAAUGUUUUUUGGAAUAACUUAAAUAUUGUAUUAUUGUAUAAAAAAAAAAACAAUUUAGCUUGAAAUGUUAAACAAUUAAGAUGAAAAAAAAAACAUUUAGUAUAACUCAUAUUUUUAAAACUAUGUAGUAUUAAACGUACAUAAGUUAACAAC